UUAAAUCAUUUCAUAAUUUUCCAUCCCUUGAUAUAUUUUCCGCUUAGCUAAAAUCAUUUCUAAAAACAAAAGCUCAGAUAUAAUCACUUGUAAGAAACUAUGGGUAUUCAUUUUCAAAAAUGCGCGGAACUUGCUAAAUAAUAAAACGUGUUUGCAUUGGCAAUGGCAUUGGUCGAGUUUUGAGUGAAGCGAUUCAAGUCCCAUUCCAUUAUUCGUUUAGUCCGAUCGUAGUUCCAUAAGCUAUCAUUAGUCAUAAGCCAUUACAGUCGCCACGAAAUUAACUGGGCGUGUCAAAAGAUAAAAGUUUACCGAAGAAAUGAUGAAACCAAGGUGUUCUUUGUACGUGUAUUUUCGUACUUUCACCAUGACGAGUAUACAUUCCAAGACCGUCGAAGAAGUGUAUGAUAUACCGAUGGAAGUCAUCAAAAGGCCUCUGCAAUCUGUAUUGGAUGAAGAAAAAGUUAGAAGUUUAAUGGAUACGUUACAAACCGAAAGCGAAAAAGUGCCUCCUAUCGAUGUAUUAUGGAUAGAAGACAGCAAAGGUGGAAAUUACUAUUACAGUUUUGGCGGAUGUCAUAGAUUCGCUGCUCAUCAACGUUUAAAUUUGCCGACCAUUAAAGGGAAAUUAGUACGGUCAACGGUUGACGAUUUAAAAUGUUACCUAGGUGCCUCGACGCCGCAAUUAGAGUAGGUAGUUUUUUACUCAGAAUACCUACUUCAACGUGAUCACUGACUCGUAACCAUAAACUAGUCAUAAGUAUUGUUUCAUUUCGAAUACAUGUUAAUUACUGUAAA